CUGCUUCACACUCCUCGAGCCCAGGACUAUCGCAAUUCUAUCGCAACAUCAACAGCUUCUACAAUCAUCCCUCCCAGGCGCCCCGCGCAGGUCUCGUCGAGCCUCACCCUACCACCAGCGCAGUCGCCAUAUGGGAUCUACCAAGAGUUCACGCCACCGCUGAACAUCGCACUGGACCCAGGUCAGAUGAGGCUGGCAGCUCCUUGCGCCAAUCUCGACCGCAAUGUCAUCUGCUGGGUAGGUCGCGUCCUCGCACCUGGGAUCGUGCAUAUCAGUGCGGAUGGGAGGUCAACAAUUGCUCGACUUGCUCGGGUCGUGUGUGGUUGCGCGAUUGCGCGUGAAGCUUACCUGCUCAAUCGCCGGUAGGACGUUGGCAUGCGCGGCGACGCGUCAAAUUCUCGUUUGU